GUCUGAGUCAGACACACACAGUCACAGUCACACCAACGAGACAAGUCAAGAUGUCUGCCACGCGCCUCCUGCUGCUGUGCGUCGCCUUCAUUUGCCUCUCAGUCCUUUCCGAUGGGGCAGCUGUCUGUCCAUUUCAUAAAAAGACUGACUGUGACAACUAUGUAAAUAACGUCUGCUCACUAAGCUGGGACCCUGUGUGUGGCAGCAACGGCCAAACGUAUGGCAACGAGUGCUUCUUCUGUAUGGACAUAAAAAAAAAGAAAACUCCGAUCUUCAUCACAAAACGAGAUGUUUGUUAGUCGUCGGGCGAUCACCUGAUUCUUCGAAGAACACUCCCAUCUCCAUCGUAAAACAAGGAAAAUGUUGGUCCUCUGGCAGACACCUGUUUAUUAACUGAUCUCCACCCCACAGACCACCACCUCACCAGCUCCCCUCUGACCCACUGCAGCCCCUGUGAACCUUCCAAAUCCGAAAUAAACAUUUACUCAUGGCAUCAAA